AUGCUGCGCUUUACAAACGUUGAUCAUAAACCAACACGACUUUCACCUGUGUAUGGUUAUCGCACUCAUCCAUUACUUCCACUUCGACAAGCUCUUGAGCCGGUUCUACCACACAUUAAUCAGCUAAAUGAGUUCAUUCGAGUUGCAAAGACUGAAUGUCAUUUUCCUUCGGACCAUGGUCUAACUCGUGAAGAAUCAGCAGCUAUUUAUAUAUAUACAAUGGAUUGGGGCGAACAAAGCCUUUAUCGAGUACUUAAUGGAGUACUUCGAAUCAAAGACCGAACUGUACUAGUACCAUGGCAUGGUUAUCUAAAAUUAUUUGACACUGCAUUGAAAAAACUACCAAGCCAUCACAUAAGUUUAUGGCGUGGAGUGAAUGUGGAUAUUAGUAACAACUUCAAAGAAGGUGAAGAACUAACUUGGUGGAAUAUUACUUCAAGCUCCAGUUUAGUGAAAGUAGUGAAACAGUUUCUUGGCCAAUCUUCUACAUUAUUUCUUAUCGAAGCCAAGAAUGGAAAACUUAUAGCACCAUAUAGUAAUUUUCCUGAAGAAAAUGAAGUGAUUUUAGGUUUGGGUACUCGAGUUCGUGUUGUGAGUGAUCCACUCGGUUCUUCAUCAUUAAAUGUUGUACAUUUGAUUGAAUUGUUGGAUGAAAACGAUGAGGAACUUUCAUCGUCGCUAUCAAAUACGAAUAUCGGUACAUCUACAAACAUUCACAACGGUAAAGUAGCUUUUACAUGGAAUAUCUAA